AUGGGUUUUACUUCAAUGCUGGACUUCUUCCGAUGGGCUCACCCGCUUUUCUUUGGGGUUAUUGUAGUUUUUGCUAUCAUUGAGGUUAGGUCGCCUUUGUGUCACGCAAUUCCCAUUCCAACUAAUCUUGCUUCAGUUGAGCAUCUCCGCGCAAAGUACAAUGCGCAUCAUAACUUCACCCACCGGUCCCUCCGCACUCGAGUACGAUACACACUGUUUGGAACGAUCUUUCUUAUCACGUUCCUGGUGGCGCCAACGGGGCUUAUCUUGACGAGCAUGGCGGCUCACGGUAUCUUCGUAUUCAUGGCCUGGGUCUUAUGGGUAGCGGCAGCAGCUGCGAUCACGCAGUCGGUAGGAGGGAACUUGAAUUGCAAGACGCAGCACGAGUUCGUUUACUGCGGUCACCUGAACGCUCUUGAAGCUUUCGCCUGGAUGAUAUGGAUUAUCCUAACAUUCUUGCUGGUGGCUAUAAUUGUCCGAGGCGUGAUCGUUGUGCGCAGGGCUGAGGGCUAUGGGGGUGGUUUAGUUGACGAGUAA